AUGAUUAAGUCUAAAAAGAUAUGUUAGCUAUAAAAAAUAAUUUGAAGCCCUGUUUGGUCCAUCCUUACAUCAGGAACUUCAAAACGUUAAGAUUUAGAAUUUAACAUUGAAAGAAUAAUAAGCAGAAGAAGUUCACAUAUUUUAGAGGCUGUAUGCUAGAUAUCUAUUUUGUGUACUAUGUUAACCACCUUAUUUUCACUAAAUUAUCUAAUUGAUAAUGGUCUAAGUAAUAAGCAUCUUAUAUUUUAAGACAACCUCCUAAUUUAAAACGAACAAAAGUCAUGAUUAAUAUAUAAUAAUUUUUAUUUUAUAUUUAAAUGGGAGCUUGUGCAGGAACAAAACAAUCAUAGGACAAACCUCCAGAGCCUGUGUUAAUGCCUCCAGAUCUUACUGACGAGAAUGUGAGGAGAAUAAAAUCAUAGUUUGAUGAUUUAACUUCGUUAUUAGAAUCUGUAAUAUCAUUCAAUAUUGUUAGUUGAGUUAGGAAUUUAAGACCAUAACUGAUAACAUAAUAAAGCUACAGCAUCAAGAUUAACAUUAAGAUCAUUGA